AUGUUAUUUCAUUACUCUUUGUCUAACGAAAAGCGCAACGAUGAAAAUUUAAAUCAACAAUCGAAUCAAGACGGUCGAAAUCAUGUAACACCAAUUAUAAUUUUACCAGUAAUCAUUAAAGCAUACAGAUAUCCACAAUUGCCCAAAAUGGUUGCAACCCAAAACACUGGCAGACUACCAGUGCCAGAGCUCUCUUCAAGACCCAAUGACGUCACGCGUAAUAAAUGGAAACUGUACGAAUUC